CACAUUGCUUACAGAGGUAGAGAACCGAGCAGCAUUUCAUUCUUCAACAAGAUCCAGCGACGCGGCUGCGAUGAGCAGCCCAUCUUGACCUCUUCUCCCACAUCACAUUGACAUGGCAGGAUAUCUCGACAGCGUGACCAUCAUCGGCGCAGGCCUCGGAGGCUGCGCACUCGGCCUCGCACUCUCCGCCAGAGACAUCCCCGUCACCAUCUACGAAAGCCGACCAGAAGUAUCUGGCGUGAUCCCCUCGGGCGUAAUCCUCACACCCAACGGCCUCCGCAUCCUCGACCGCCUCGGAGUCUACGAACGCAUAAAAGAUAGGUGCUACGUAACAACAGACCGCAUAUUCCUCAACGAGGCAGGUGAAAUAACAAAGAAGGUCCCUCUUGGAGGCCCGGAGGUCAAUGGCUACUGGAACCACCGUAUAUGGCGCGGCCUCUUGCUCGACGAAAUGCGUCUGAUGCUCAAAGAACGCAACGUCCCCAUCCACUACAACUCCAAAUUCAACGGCAUAGUCUCCGAAGACCCCUCUACAGGCGUCACAUUCCUCAUCAACAAUACCCCCCACCAAACCUCCCUCCUCAUCGGCUCCGACGGAAUCUACAGCACCCUCCGCACCCACCUGUCCCCCACAACGCAACCAACCUACACCGGCCUCCUCGGCAUCCUCGCCCACAUCCCCUGGUCCUCCGUCUCCUGGCCCUCUCCAGACUUCCCCGGCAACGCAACCCUCCAAGGCAAACCCGCCUCAAUUUUCUGGAUCGCCGAAGACCCUCCCUCCACCCACCCCUCCCCCCAAAUCAUGAUCGGCCUCCAAACCCAACACUCCCAGGAAUACUCUCGCACCGACCUCGAAAGCCUCCAAAACGAUAAAUCCCGCCUCCUCCAAUUCUACAAAAAAUCAUACUCCGAACACGGUCCGCUCGCGCGAAGCAUUAUAGAUGCAAUAGAACAAUACAAAGAAACACUCUACAUCUGGCCCUUUAUGAAAAUGCCCAAAAUGUCAACCUGGUACAGCACAAAAUGCUCAGGUCGAAUAAUCCUCGUAGGAGAUGGAGCACAUGCUUUACCGCCAAGUAGUGGACAAGGCGUGAAUCAAGCUUUAGAAGAUGUUUACUCUCUUGUACUAGUCUUAGAAGAGGCAUCCAAGGGAUUUACGAGUAAUGAUGGUGAUGGGAAAGAGGGAUUACUAGAAGCAUUAGAAUUCUGGCAAAAAAUUCGACAAGACCGGAUUGAUGCGAUUUAUGACUGGACGAUGAAUACGAAUAAUGUGAAUCGGUUACCGGAAGCUGAGAGGGAGAAAUUGAUGAAAGAGGGGAAAAUGAGAGUGGGGGAGGGGGAUGAUACGAGGUGGUUGUUUGGGUAUGAUUAUGAUGAGGUGGUGAAGGAUUGGAUAGAGAAGAGGAAAGAGAAGAACAGGUGA